UAGGGCGGGCCGACCCUAGUAAUUACAUAUAUCAUUAAAACAAAUUGAAUAAACGUUCAAAAAUCUCUACACAAUCAUAAUACAAAGAUUAACUUUUCAGACUUUUAAUAUCAGUCAGUUUGUAUCUAAAUCGAAGGAUCUGCAUUAAUGUCAAAAAGCUAAGAAAUCAAAGAUAAAUCUUCCAAUUAUAGAACGAAUAUUCUGAUUUUAUUAAUGUUCUUCCACUAUAUUAGGAGAGUGAGACUUAUUUCAAGUUGUAAAAAUAUGUAGAUAAAAUCAUGAUAUUAAUUAGUAUGAAUAGUAACAGCUCCACGAGAUAAUUACAAUGUUUUUUUCUUUGACUAACUAAUUCCAACGUUUUUUAUUUGAUACAUAAUAUAACUGAUAACAAGAUUUGUGGAGAUAAAACAGGAAAAAUCAUCGCUAGGUCAAACAAAAAAAACAAAGAUCAUACAAAUCUAAGAAACAAAGAUCAUAACAUAAUCAUUUUGAGAGAAAAGACAGUAAGUAGCUUCUGUUUGUUUGUAUGUCUGUUUGUUUGUUUUAUAACUAACGUAACUCCUACAACACCAACCCUAAAGUUUCAUUGCUCACAGAAAUCAAAACCAUCUAUCUCGUUUUGAAAAUUCAAUCGAGGAGACAAGAAUGGCGAGGGCUCUUGUGAUCAUAAACUGUAUCAUUCUGGCCAUAGGAAACUGUGGAGGUCCUCUGAUCAUGCGUCUCUACUUCAACAAUGGUGGCCACAGGAUUUGGUUCUCCACUUUUCUUGAAACCGCUGGCUUUCCGAUCAUAUUCAUUCCUCUUUUCUUCUCUUACCUUAACCGGCGCAGAAGCAACAACAAUGAAGGGGAGAAUACACGGUUCUUUCUAAUUAAACCACGUCUCCUUAUGGCUGCGAUUCUGAUAGGGAUUCUCUCAGGGUUCGAUAACUACUUAUACGCAUAUGGCAUAGCUUAUCUCCCGGUUUCAACAGCUACUCUCAUCAUUGCUUCACAGUUAGCUUUCAUAGCUAUCUUCUCGUAUUUCAUGGUCAGCCAUAAGUUUACUCCUUUUACCAUCAAUGCUGUUGUGUUGUUGACUGUUGGAGCUGCUGUAUUGGGCAUGCAUACGGAAACUGAUAAGCCGGUUCAUGAGACUCACAAGCAGUACAUGGUUGGGUUCUUGGUGACUGUAGCAGCCGCUGUUAUGUAUGCAUUUCUAUUGCCGUUAGUGGAACUUGCUUACCAGAAAGCUAAACAACCCAUGAGCUAUACGCUUGUGCUUGAGGUUCAGAUGAUUUUGUGCUUCCUUGCUUCUUUAGUCAGCCUCGUUGGUAUGCUCAUCGCUGGUGAUUUUAAGGUAUUCCUUCACCCUUUUUUUUUUAAUUAUUUGCAGGCUUUACCAAACGAAGCAAGAGAGUUCAAGCUUGGAGAGGCAAUGUUCUAUGUGGUGGCUGUACUUUCAGCCAUAAUAUGGCAAGGGUUCUUCUUAGGAGCCAUUGGUUUGAUCUUCUGUGCAUCGUCUCUUGUCUCUGGUAUAAUGAUAUCAGUUCUUCUGCCAAUCACAGAGGUUUUAGCUGUUAUUUUCUACCAUGAGAAGUUCCAAAAAGAAAAGGGUCUUUCUCUUGCUCUGUCCCUUUGGGGUUUUGUCUCUUAUUUUUAUGGUGAGAUCAAAGCCGACAAGGAUAAAAGAAUACAAGAGGAGGCACAACUGAAUUCUUUGCCUAGAAGAACGAGAAUUACUGAGUGUUAAAACUUAAACACAUGAGCUUAGAAAGACAUCAUAAAGGUUUUAUUACUUCAUUUCAUCCCUGUUACACUGUUAUUAGAUUAGAGGAUAUUAAACAGCUUGGAACUAUAUGCCAAACACACAACUCUAAGAAGCUUUUUUUUUACCUUUUAUACUACUCAAAUGAAUUUGUGACAGAAAAAUUGCAAAGUUAGUCUUGUGUUGUCUUCUGCUGGUUGCUUUUAGCUUUCAUCUAUCUUGAUGGAGGUUUCAUCACAUUAACUUGUUCAACAAUAACGCCACAUCACCAUUGUGGAUAAAUCGCGUAAUUCGAGGACCAGUCCCACCUGUAAGUUCAGCUAGUAGAGCUUCUGGUAAAGCCUGUUUGGUUCAUUUGUAUGAUUCUUCAUUAUCACCAGUAAGAGGAGAUAACACUCGGUUGAAACACAAUGCAAAGGAAAAAUCUUAAGACAACCACACCCAAAUAUUUUUAGCUUUUUCUAACCACAUAUCUUUCACUCAUACUGCUUCCCCUAGAGAUUCUAGUUAUUUGAUUGAAACUUGAAUACAUCAAAAACAAGCCUAUUUAUACCAAUACAUACAUGCUUUACAUACUUCUUUCCUGUUUAUUCUUUCUAGCAAGGCCUAGAAAAUCCAUCAAUAACAUAUAAGGAUAAUUCCUCUACGUUAUAAUAAACACAAAGCAGAUUCAAAAUGCAUGUACGCACCACCAGUUUCCUUCAGCAGGACUAUUCAAUUCAGUGUUGAUUUUCUUCCUUUGCUAACUCUUUCAGUAUAGCACGCUGACGUUCGCUUAGUUCACUAGAAAAUACAGAAAAAAAUAAUACACAGCAUCAUAAAAUGCCAGAAAUCCCACAUCAACAACAACACAAUAAGAGAACUCAAACACAUCCAUAUGCCACCAGACAUCAGAAGCUGAGAAAAUCAACAUUAACUUUUAGAAUAAGACCUAGAGGAGAAACAAUUAAUGAUUAGACGCCAAGUAACAUGCAUCAAAAGAAACAAAACAAACUCCCAGCGAAAUUAUUUGAAAAGCCUCUACUUUUAGAGCAACCAUAAGUAUCUUUUGUCUGUUCUGGACAACAGCAAAAAUUUUAGCAUAGCAUAAUCAGCUUGAACUCCAAAAUAUAAAAAAUCUUACAUAUGAAGAGUGUUAACACGGAAUAGCACUUGCUGAUCUCCAUGAUACAAAAUAUCCUUGUUUGUAUAGUCCUGAUCUUAAACAGUACCAAACAAAAAGAAGGUGCAACAUAUAGACUGAUCAUAGUUAAAUGUACCUUUGCCUCUUAAGACAAGAAGUU